GCAACUUCCGUUUUCCUUCUGCGUGUUUCUCGCUUGUGCUCCAGGACUGUGUUGUUGCUGCUGUCCAACGUAAAUAAUCAUGUCUAUAGAAGUGGAAUCUGCGGACGUAGUGCGUCUUAUUAUGCAGUACUUAAAGGAAAACAACCUGCACAGAACUCUGGCCACACUGCAAGAGGAGACCACAGUGUCUCUGAACACUGUGGACAGUAUAGAGAGCUUUGUGGCAGACAUCAACAGUGGCCACUGGGACACUGUUCUACAAGCCAUCCAGUCCCUCAAGCUGCCAGAUAAAACCUUGGUAGAUCUUUAUGAGCAGGUUGUCUUAGAGCUUAUUGAGCUGAGAGAGCUUGGUGCUGCCCGUUCUCUCCUAAGACAGACGGACCCCAUGAUUAUGCUGAAACAGACUCAGCCAGAGAGAUACAUCCACCUGGAGAACCUGCUGGCUCGCUCUUACUUUGAUCCUAGAGAGGCAUACCCAGAUGGCAGCAGUAAGGAGAAGCGUCGUGCAGCCAUCGCUCAUGCGCUGGCAGGAGAGGUCAGCGUGGUCCCCCCCUCCCGUCUCAUGGCUCUGCUGGGGCAGGCUCUGAAAUGGCAGCAGCAUCAAGGUCUCCUGCCCCCUGGUGUGACUAUUGACUUGUUCAGGGGUAAAGCUGCUGUGAAAGAUGUAGAGGAGGAGCGCUUCCCCACUCAGCUAAGCAGACACAUAAAGUUUGGACAGAAAUCCCAUGUGGAGUGUUCCCGUUUCUCCCCGGAUGGUCAGUAUCUGGUCACUGGUUCUGUGGACGGCUUUAUUGAAGUCUGGAAUUUCACAACUGGCAAAAUCAGAAAGGAUCUGAAGUAUCAGGCUCAGGAUAACUUCAUGAUGAUGGACGAUGCUGUGUUGUGCAUGUGCUUCAGUCGGGACACUGAGAUGUUAGCCACAGGAGCCCAAGAUGGAAAGAUUAAGGUUUGGAAGAUCCAGAGUGGCCAGUGUCUGAGGAGGUUUGAGCGUGCCCACAGUAAAGGUGUGACUUGUGUCAGUUUCUGUAAGGACAUCAGCCAGCUGCUCAGCGCCUCCUUCGACCAGACCAUCAGAAUCCACGGACUAAAGUCGGGAAAAUCUCUGAAGGAGUUCCGUGGUCACACCUCGUUUGUCAAUGAGGCCACUUUCACCCCAGAUGGUCAUCACAUCAUCAGUGCUUCUUCUGACGGAACAGUCAAAGUGUGGAACGUGAAGACCACCGAGUGCACCAGCACCUUUAAACCUCUCGGCACAUCAGCCGGCACCGACAUCACUGUCAACAAUGUCCUCCUGCUGCCUAAGAACCCAGAGCAUUUCGUUGUGUGUAACCGCUCCAACACUGUUGUGAUUAUGAACAUGCAGGGACAGAUUGUGAGGAGUUUCAGCUCCGGUAAGAGGGAAGGUGGUGACUUUGUGUGCUGCACUCUGUCGCCCCGCGGUGAGUGGAUCUACUGCGUGGGUGAAGACUUUGUGCUGUACUGUUUCAGCACAGUCACAGGCAAACUGGAGAGAACACUGACGGUUCACGAGAAGGAUGUAAUUGGCAUUGCCCACCACCCCCACCAGAACCUCAUCGCCACAUACAGCGAGGACGGCCUGCUGAAGCUCUGGAAGCCUUAAAGCUCAUCGGGAGUCUGGACUUUCUCACUCUGGACCAUUCUGUGUUCCUUCUGGGUUUUAUUUUAGUUUUGUUGUCAUUCUCCCUCAGUGCCCUUGGGAUGAUCCAAAUGGACUUGAACAUUUUACGGGAACACCAUCCGUUCUGUUCAGUUUGAAAAUGGUAGCGUGGAAAAAAAGAAUAAAGGCUGUACAGUUUUUUUUAGUACUUUUGUAUGAUUAAGAACACAAGUGUUAAAGGCUGUUUGCUGUGUUUCACUCAGCCUGUGGGACGCUUUACUGUGUUAAAUAUAAACAAUACAAAAGAUUCAAAUGAAGUUUCAAUCUGUGACUUUCCUGUUCUACUAGCAUGCAACAGCGGAACGUUCUCUUAGUAACACAGCAUUGGCUUUGCUGUGAAGCUCUAGAAAUAUCAGUAGAUGUCUGUAUGGUGAGGAAAUCAUUCAAAAUGUCAACCAGAACAAUUAAUUUCAUAAACCUCCAGAUAAUUCAAAUAAAGUCCUUUUGUAGUUAUGAGUGUCACAUUAUCGGUCUGUUUAAACAUAAAGGCUUCUGCUGAGCUACAUCUGACUUCUCUGGGUUUAUCAGAGGAAAACAAAGUUUUGAAAAUGACAGUUUGUGUAAAUAUACUUUUAGUAUUUUUUUUAAAUCUUUGGAUUUAAAGGCAUCUUAGGAUAAAGUCACAUUUCCUUUAGUUUUUCUCAUAUUUACAUGUGGCUUUUUUCACUGUUAGACAUGUUUUUUUUACUGAGAUCUUAUGUUGAUCAGUAAGAUUUUUAUUUAGUGUCUUGUUUUAUAAUUUUAUUUGCCUUCAUAUGAAUUUUCCAUAUUUGAAACCCUGAUUUUAUGAAUAAGAAGGUCCAAAUCCUGUCCUGCGUAACAUCUGUGUGAAAAAAAAUUAAAGCCUUUUAAUGAAUCUAGAGAAAGCUGGCUUCUGUCAAAAGCUGAAUCUCACAGAACUGAAGGGAAGAUUUUGUGUCUUUCAGGCUUACAACAAUGAAAUCCUUACAGUACAAAUGCAACUUAAAACCUAUCUAGCCAUGGUCAACGAGUAGAAGAAAAAUCAGCAGGUUAGUUUCUCUGUAACAAGUCAGAUUUUGUGUAAUUUAGUUGUGUAAAGAGCUGGCUGGAGCUGCUCAGCAGGAAAUGUCAGGUUUUGCUGCAUGAGCUGAGAGGAGGAUGCACAGAUCCUUCACAAUAAAAGUCUUGGAUGAAAACAUGAA